UCAGGAGUCGUCAAGCCAGGCGAAUUAUUGGCCGUUAUGGGCCCUUCAGGCUGUGGUAAAACAACACUGCUGAACUGUUUGUCCGGCCGUGUUGGCGUGGACGGCGGUGAGAUCUGGCUGAAUCGCGAGAGGCUCACCAAACGGUGGCGCAGAAGAAUCUGCUACGUACAACAGCAGGAUAUUUUUUUCCCUGAUCUCACCUUACGGCAGACACUUGAGUACCAAGCGAGGCUGAGGCUUCCGGACACCCUCUCGCACUCCCAGAAGAUGCAGUGCGUGGACCACAUCAUCGAGGUCCUCGACCUCGCGAGCUGCCAAGACACCAUUAUUGGAGAUUAUUCGAAACGGGGAAUUUCCGGUGGUGAAAAGAAGAGGACAAGUAUAGCUUGCGAAUUACUCACGAAUCCAUCAUUAAUGCUACUUGAUGAACCUACGAGCGGACUCGACUCACAUUCGGCACAGGCAUUGAUCUCGCGGUUGAAGAAAUAUGCUGAACAGGAGGGUAAAAGUAUUGUGGUGACGGUACACCAACCUAGUUCCAGGAUGUUCCACAGUUUUAGCAAGCUUCUCCUGUUGAGUAACGGUCAGGUGGCGUACUAUGGACCGACGGCGAAUGUCGGUAGAUUCUUCUCUACAAUAGGACUUACUCUAUUGCCACAUUACAACCCCGCGGACUUCAUUCUGGAACAAAUAAAGGGGCCAGAGGAAGUUCGAAAUGGCAUCGUUACCGCAGCGAGAGCUGCAAGACAGGGACCUGACUGCCCACCGGAACUUCGCCCGGAGUAUAAUCCCAGCCAACAUCCGCUCUGCGACCAUCUCAUCCAUUAUCCGGAGCACCACAUCAGCCACAACGUGAAGGAAGACGAAGGCCGUACACUAUGGUUGGAUACACAAAGCCACGCCAGUAGCAGCGCGAGUUCUGCUGAUGACGACUAUUCCUGGCAAUGGCCCACUAGUUUCUGGUCGCAGUUCAAAGUAUUAUCGGAAAGAAAUUUUCAAGAGGCACGACCACGAAUGUUGUCGCGUCUUCACUGGUUGCAAACGGUAAUUCUCGGGCUUCUAACUGGACUUUUAUGGCUGGGUCUUCCCAGAACUGAAGCAGCCAUUCAUGAUAUUCAGGGGUGGAUGUUCUUCAGCAACACAUACUGGAUGCUUUUUGCACAUUUUGGAGCACUCACUAGCUUUCCCCCGGAGCGUGAGGUGAUCAACAAGGAACGCCUGUCAGGAUCCUAUCGGCUCUCAGCCUACUACCUGGCGAAGAUGGUAGGCGAGCUGCCGUUAACGAUAACGCUGCCCGCAGUCUACCAUGUGAUUAGUUAUCCGAUGUUGGGCUUCCAUAAUAUAGCAGUCUUCAUCACGCUGCUCGCGUUCUUGCUACUCAAUACUGUAGUCGCACAGAGUGUCGGAUUUUUUGUGGGCGCUUGCUGCGAAGAUCUGCAGGUGGGCAUCACCGUGUCCGCGCUCUAUACACUCUCGACGCAGCUUCUAGGCGGUUAUUUGGCGACGUCGGUCCCACCAUGGUUAGCGUGGGCUAGGUACAUCAGUAUGAUGCAUUAUGCCUAUCAAAAUAUGCAGAUUCUGGAGUUCGGCGUCGGCGAACCAAUUGCAUGCUCGCUGCCAAGUAAAUUCGCCGAGUGCAGAAACGGCACGACGAUACCCGUUUUCGCGAUUUUGGAGAGUCAAGGCGGGGUCAAGGGUUCUGGUCUACCAUUGUGGGCAAACACAGCAGUGCUACUGGCGUUCCUAAUCGUUUUCCGGACCCUGGGUUAUCUCGUUCUGCGUUAUUAUCGUGUACCAAAAUGA